UUAUCGUGGGAUGAAAUGAUCCCAGUUGAUCGACAAAGAGAAUGGAAUAACUGGCUUACUGAUCUUGCGAAUUUACAUAAUUUGUCAAUUCAGAGAUGUGUGAAACCCCAGAACUUUGGAAAGAUUGUGAACACUCAAAUACAUCAUUUUAGUGAUGCAUCGCAAGAGGGUUAUGGUUCAGUUACUUAUUUAAGAUUUCAAAGUGAUAAAAAUGAGAUACACAUUUCAUUUUUACUUGGGCGUUCUUGUGUAGCACCCAUAAAGCCCCACACCAUAGUUAAAUUAGAGCUCGCAGCAGCUACAUCGAUUGUGAGAAUUCAUAACAUGUUAUCACGUGAAUUGUCGAUUCCUAUUAAUCAAGUGUAUUUUUGGUCCGACAGCCAAACAGUUUUAAAGUACAUACAUGAUGUAAAAGCACGUCACCAAGUUUUUGUCGCAAACAGACUUGCAGUAAUUCAUGACGGUUCUAACGUGAAUCAGUGGCGUUUUGUGCCUGGAAAGCUAAAUCCAGCUGACCUAGCAUCUCGUGGAUCGUGUGUGGAGAAUAUCGCAAAUAACUCCAUGUGGUUAUGUGGACCAGAAUUUCUGAAAUUAUCAAUUAAUGAUUGGCCGGAGAACAUAGUUCCAUUGAAUAAUGAUGAAGAUAUACAAGUACCUACUAAUUUUGUGAGAACCAAUGAUUCUGUGAAUGCAGUAAAUACAUUGAUAGAUAAGUACUCUGAUUUUUAUCGAUUAAAGCGUGCGAUAUCAUGGUGGUUAAGAUUAAAGCAAAUUUUAAAGUAUAAAGCUCAAAAAUGUUUAAUUCCUGAUAGUUUGUGUACUAAGUCAUUAUCUGUUGAGGAAAUUAAUAGUGCUGAAGUGGAAAUCAUUAAGUUUGUUCAAAAUCAAGUAUAUUCUGAUGAAAUAAAGUGUCUUAGUGAAUACGGUGAAAAUCCCAAUAAUGUGAAAAACGUCAAAAACAAAAGUGAAAUUUCAAGUUUGGAUCCAUUUCUUAAAGAUGGAAUCUUGCGUGUUGGUGGAAGAUUGCGCAAUGCAAACGUGCCUUUUAAUUUUAAGCAUCAAAUUAUACUGCCUAAAAGUUGUCAUGUUUCAAAUCUCAUUGCUAAAUAUUGUCAUGUUAAUGUAGCCCAUAUGGGUAGAAAUCAUACUAUUAGUAAUAUUAGAAAAAAAUAUUGGAUAGUUAAAUGUGGUGUAUUAGUUAAGUCUAUUUUAAGUAAAUGUGUGAUUUGUAGAAAAUAUCAGUCUAGAGUUAGUGAACAGAAAAUGAGUGACAUUCCAUAUUUUCGACUUAAACCUGAUUUACCUGCUUUUAGUAUAGUAGGAAUUGAUUAUUUUGGUCCUUUUGAAAUCAAAACAGGACGUUCUAUCCGUAAGCGAUACGGUGUUGUAUUUACAUGUAUGAUAUCUUGUGCCACGCAUAUAGAAGUUUCUAAUUCCUUAGACACUAGUUCGUGUGUGAAUGCCCUAAGACGUUUUAUUGCCCGUAGAGGUACGCCCAGUGAUAUAUAUUCAGAUAAUGGAACAAACUUAAUUGGUGCUCAGAAAGAACUGAAACAAUCAUUAUAUGAUCUGAAUCAAACACAGAUUGAGAACUUUUCAACUCAAGGUGGAUUUAAGUGGCAUUUCAACCCCCCUACAGCAUCCCAUUUUGGCGGAUUGUGGGAGAGGCAGAUAAGGACUAUAAGAAAAAUCCUAUAUGGGAUUCUGUGUGAACAAUUUUUGCGAACAGCACAAAGUGAUGAAGAACUAAUCACUUUCCUUUGUGAAGUAGAGGCUGUAAUAAACAGUAGACCUCUGACUUGUGUAUCAAGUGAUUCCAAUGACUUGGAAGUGAUAACUCCUAAUUCACUUCUUAUGUGUCACCAAAAUGUGUUAUUUCCCCCUGGAUUAUUCAAUGAACGUGAUGUAUAUUCAAAGAGACGGUGGCGUCAAAUCCAGUAUUUGACUGAUCUCUUUUGGAAACGUUGGACUGAUGAAUAUUUGCAUUCAUUACAACGUCGUGAAAAGUGGCUCAAUCCUUCUAGAAAUAUAAAAGUUGGUGACAUUGCUCUUAUAGUCGAUUCAAGUGCGCCCCGUGGGUCGUGGCCCAUGGGUAUCGUUGAAGAAGUGUAUCCAGACAAGCAUGGUCUUGUACGUAGUGUAAAAUUAAGGACAAAAACAAGUAUUUUGACUCGUCCUAUAGCUAAAUUAUGUUUAAUCUUAGAAAAUGACAGUUAAAUUUUUCAGAAUUUAUUUAGUUUUGAUAUUUACAUUGCUUAUGUGUAUUGAAAUGAUAUUAGAUUUAUUGUUUGUGUUACCAUAAGUAAAUUUUGUGAACUAUGUAACUAUAGAACUAAAAUAGUUAAAUACUAUAAGUACAUGUAUGCUUAAAUGUGAAUCUGUGAAAUAAGGUUUCAAUUGUCAAAUGUGAAUUUAUCUUAAUUUUUCUAUUGCAUCAUUGUAAUAAGGUGUGAAUGUUUGUAUUCUGUAUGGAUAUGAUGAGGUAUGAAAGCUAUUCUAGUAUUAUAAGACACUGAUUAUUUGUGUAACAGUCUAUUGAAUUCUGAAGUUAAGAAUAUUGUAUAUUUAGUUUGGAUUUUUGAACAUAUUGCGUUAUUAUCUCAUUUACAUUUCGAUAGGGGCCGGUGUGUAAUGUUCAAAACGGUCCACCAUAGUUUUUCUGGAUAAAAGAGUCUUCUUUAGUAGUAUUGAAGUAUUUAUGCAACUGGUAUGAUUGUGUCUACUUUAAAUUAUUAUGGUAUAGAAAAAGCGUGCUUAGAAACACAGUGAAAAUGGCGUGAAUGUGAAUGUCAAUACGUGUGAGGCCGUCUUCUCAAACGGCGGUCGUGAUAUCGGUUUUUUACCGAGACACUGUAUGUAAUUUAGUGUAAUGUGUUAGUGAACUUUUUAUCUACCUAUUGUGAACAGUGAACGUUGUUUAUUCUUGUGAACUCUAUGUGAAAUUCGACUCAAUUGCCGAGUCAGCUGUGAAGUGAUAUCAUGAACUGAGAACUGUCAAAACAGAAUAUGUGAAAACUCUGUUGUUUUGUUCAAGUUAUUUUAAGGCUGCAAUUCAGUAUUAUCAUACUGACCUUUGACCCCUGAAGUGACCCGCUAACUAUACACAGUGUCUGGCGUACGAACGGUAUCGUCAUAAACGCCGUGAAAGAAACGUGUAACGACGGACCCUCACAACAGUUAUAUGGAUAACAAUCACUGGUUUAUUAUAUAUAUGCAGAACUAGGAAGGUAUCCAAUUAUUACCUACGCAAAAUGUCGAAUGAUAAAAUUGGUUUAGACUUACUAAAGACACAUUAGUUAAGAGCUAAAUAUUAUGCCUAUUGCAAGUCUUUCUAUAGGCUUCAAAUGUUAUAGAAUUUAUUAAUUAUUAUUUACAUAACAAGCCCAAAAUCAACUCCGUAGACCUUCGGGGGACUUGGAUAUAGCUUGGAAUUAAACAGUCGUCCAUUUAAUAAAUAAAUCAUUAAAUGUCUGACCAAGCUAACAUUUACCGUUAAUCACUGACGUCACUCAGGAGACGGCUGAUAAAAGGACUGAUAAUCGCGGGUACCGUAGGCACUGAGAAUGUGCGGAGACAGCUGAUGCCUAUUUCUAGUCUAAACUUAUAUCCUUUGUAAGUUUAGAUGGGGAAGCCACCGACUACCCAUUGAGUUGGGAAGGUGGCAUGACGUGUCAUUACGUAAUGGUAUGUAAUGUAUUUAGUUCUGAAAGAAAGACAAAUCUACCUCUUUCUGCUGUUCAAAUCCUAAUAUUUAUAAGUUUAACCAGUUGUUUAAUAAUUCAAAUAUUGUGACUUUUUAAAAACUAUGUAAAUUUAUAAAACUUAUAAAUGUGAAAGUCAGGUCUCCUAGAUAAUUUAGUUAAUUUUGUUAUAUUUUUCGCGCAUGCUUGUGAUUAUAUACGAUAUUAUAUUUUUUUUAUGUUUUCUCUGUAACUGUGUACUAUAGUUUAUGAGAAUAAAGUUUAGUAUCAUUGUG